AUGAAAGCCAAUAAGAUAUUGUCUGCACUAGGCACAGACUUUCUGACCGUUUCAGAGACAGAAUUUAUUUAUGGCCCUUCUGGACAAUUCCUUCGACGAAACGUCGAAGAUGUUUGGUGGAAAUAUUGCGUUGUUUCAGAAAAAUACAAUGUUUAUCCGGCUCAGAUUUCGCAAAUCUCCAGAACCUUACGAUAUCUCAAAGACUCGAGAAGUGAUGGCCUGCCAUUUGGUCUAGCUUCAAUAGAAACCACUCAAAAUGACAACCAACAUAGCAAAAUGCUUGACCUUCCGCUGCCACCACUGUGCACAAGAAUGAGUGUAAUGACGUUUGGUGAAAAAAAUUCUGCCAAAGAUUUAUUCUAUAGGAAACAGAGAGAGCGAAAGGCUUGGUGGCGCAAGUUCAGUAAUAAUCCAUCCCGAUUUGUAGCAACAAAUUCUGAAAAAAAUGAAAAUCGUGAAGUCAUGAGUAUUCAGGCUCAUUUGCCAUCACAAAAUCUAACUGUUGAAAUUGUAUCAUUUGGCAAAGUGGAAUGUUAUUUGCAGAACUGUCAGAAUAGCAGUAUCAGUGAGGGGUACAUCGUUGAGCACGCAACAUCUCUAGAGCUCGCUGUUUUGACACUAUUAUGUGACGGUUACACGGAGGAUAAGCAAUCAUUACAUCUUCACCCAAAACUUGCUCCGUACAAAGCAUUAAUCAUGCCAGACAAUCCUCGUAGUGAAGAGUUACUUCAGCUUGCCGUUUACCUCAAUAAUCAAUUGAAGUCAGAGAGUCUAAACACAAUUGUUUCUUCACCCGGCAAUGAUAUGCAUGUUCUUCAAGUUCCAUACAUUAUCUUAGUAGAUAAUGACAGUCUUAAAACUGGUAUUGUUCAAGUAAUAAAUCAGUUGACUACCAUCAGUGAAAGUGUACAUAUAACUGAUUUAGUCAAGAACAUUACAGCAUGUUGCUCUUGAAUGAUGAACGAUAAUGUUUGUGAA